GUAAGAGGGUGGUGUAUGUUUUUUUGCAGUCGGUGGUGUAGCGAUUAAAGCUAACUCCAACAAGGUGCAACUACAGCAACUGAUGUCAAGUUAUAGCAUUAUCUGACUCCCGAGAUGAUUUCAUCAGCAACUUGAUUCGCCAAAUAUGUUGGCUGACGAAUUUUUAAUGUCACUGUUGAUUAGAAAACGACGUCGCGGACGAAAACAUUAGCUAGAACAACAGCAAAGCUUAGUAGUAUGCUGGACGUGGGGAAGUGGCCAGUAUUUGCACUCCUUCCUCCUGAGGAACUGCGGCUUAUCCGUCAGGCUUGCGUCUUUGGCAGCGCUGCAAAUGAAGCCCUCUAUGUCACAGUUAAUGAUGAGGUCUUUGCUCUGGGCACCAACUGCAGCGGCUGUUUAGGGCUUGGAGACCUUCAAAGCACUAUUGAGCCGCGCAGGAUUGAUGUCUUGUGUGGAAAGAAGAUUGUGUCCCUAAGCUAUGGAACAGGGCCGCAUGUGGUUAUCGCCACUGCAGAUGGAGAGGUGUUUGCUUGGGGCCACAAUGGCUACAGCCAACUUGGCAAUGGGACCACCAACCAUGGACUGACCCCUGCCCUGGUGUCCACCAACCUCCUCAGUAAGAGAGUGACAGAAGUGGCCUGUGGGUCCCACCACACCAUUGCCCUCACAACUGAUGGAGAGGUGUACGCAUGGGGUUACAACAACUCAGGCCAGGUCGGUUCGGGGUCCACUGCCAAUCAGCCGACACCACGGCGAGUCAGUAGCUGCUUGCAGAGCAAAGUGGUGGUUAAUAUAGCCUGCGGUCAGCUAUGCUCUAUGGCUGUUCUGGACAAUGGAGAGAUCUAUGGUUGGGGCUACAACUGCAAUGGACAGCUAGGUUUGGGCAACAAUGGAAAUCAGCAGACACCAUGCAGGAUCGCUGCUCUUCAAGGUGUCAACAUCAUCCAGGUUGCCUGUGGAUAUGCACAUACAUUGGCACUUACAGAUGAGGGGUUUGUUUACGCCUGGGGAGCCAACUCAUAUGGGCAGUUGGGAACAGGCAAUAAGAGCAACCAAGCUCUCCCUACUCCAAUAAACACAGACAAGGAGAGGAUGGUAGAGGUGGCAGCAUGUCACACCAGCCACACGUCAGCUGCCAAGACCCAGAGUGGGCAGGUCCUGAUGUGGGGUCAGUGUCGAGGUCAAGCUGUGGCCAGCCCCCACCUCACCCACUUCAGCAGCACAGAUGAUGUGUUUGCAUGCUUCGCCACACCUGCAGUCACAUGGCACCUCCUCUCAGUAGAUGGCGAUGACUACCUGACUGUUGCACAGUCUUUGAAGAAGGAGUUUGACAGCCCAGAGAUUUCAGACCUGAAGUUCUUGGUUGAUGGAAAGUGUAUUCAUGUUCACAAAGCCCUGCUGAAAAUCAGGUGUGAGCAUUUCCGUGCACUACUGAAUGAAACAGAUGAGGACGCCAUAGAAAUCCACCAGUUCUCAUACCUGGUGUACAGAGCCUUUCUGGAGUACCUCUACACAGACACUAUUAACCUGCCACCAGAGGAUGCUAUUGGGUUGCUAGAUUUGGCUACAUUCUACCGAGAGACGAGGCUGAAGAGGUUGUGCCAGGAAACUAUCAAGAGAGGCAUCUCUGAGGAGAACGCCAUCACUCUGCUCUCUGCUGCUGUCAAGUAUGAGGCUCGGGACCUGGAGGAGUUCUGCUUCAAGUUUUGCGUCAACCACCUAACAGCUGUCACGCAGACCCAGGCCUUUGCGGACAUGGACCACGACCUGCUCAAGAACUUCAUUAGCAAAGCCAGCCGCUACGGGGCCUUCAAAAACUGACUACAGUGCCCCUGUGGUGAUGGCUUCAACAUGAUGAGGCUUAAGCUCACUGAGGUCCUGAGAGUCGACCCUAGACCAAAGUAAACACAAGGCUGAUCAGUACUUCAGAGCCUUGUUGCUUGGGAUGUAAACACUGGAGAGGCAAAUGGUUUAAGGUUUCACCCUCUGACUGAUGCUUCUGUGUUACUGCCCUUAACCUUGCCCAAACACACUGGUUGCUGGCGGGGGGGUUAAAUAUUGGGUUACAGCACUUGUCCAAUCACAAGCAGACAGUGCUGAAUAGUAAGAUGUGCCACAGUGGUCACUGAUUGGGCAUCUGAUUUGUUUGAUCAAGCCUGUCAGCAGACAGGAUUCCUGGAAAUCUUCUAUACUAAAUGUAAAUGGUUUGGUGUAGAGAUGUCAGUAAAUUUUAAGAACACUGCCCUUUACCAGUAAGUAAAACAAAUAAUCAAUGCGUGUAUCAUGCUGUAGUACAUUAUGUCUGAUCAGUAGUGACAGGAAGUGAUCAGCGAUAAACAUGUCAGCCAUGAAUUGACCUUUCACAUUGUGCUGCUUUUCAUUGAAGCCUUGAUUCUCAAAUUUUCUGGAUUGAGAAGUAGUAUUUAAUGAGGAGAAACAUGCAAGCUGUUGGUUCUAUUUACAAAACCUCAUCUUAUGUUUGGCACUUUUUUUCUGUAUCUGAUUGAUCAUAAUAUCUGUUCUCUUAUGUAAGUCAAUGUUAAAUUUUGUUUUAUGUUGUAGUUAUUCACCUUUGCCAUCCAAAGUUAUGGUUACCAUUUGAUGUUUGUAUUGACUUACAUUUGCACUGUUUUGCUGUAGACAGUUGCUUUGGCCACUGUGAACAGACUGAUAGCAAAAGAUGCAGAGAUAAGGACAUCCUACUGCAUGUUCAGAUUAACUCUCCCUGUGCAGCUGGAGACUGUAUGACUUACCCAAGCAUACUGAUUCCUGUGUAGCCUGUCGAUGAUGUUGCACUGUAGAUGCAGCUGAUUUUACAGUUGUGUUUCACUGCAGUUUGGUAUGUUUACACAAGUUUGGUUGUUUGUUUGUUUUUUAAUUGUUGAUAUGUUGGCAGCAAACCUCUGUUUCUUUAUAUCUCUCCCCUGGUAGCACCUUAUGGUAAUUAAAUAGUGCUAGCUUAGUGUAAAUGCCAACUGUGACUGUGUUGAAUAUAGUCUCACACAGUAUAGGGCCACAAUGUCUUUAAAUGUAGUUACCAGAUAAUUCCACAUUAAAUUCCUAAAUCCAUCUAAAUAGAAUGUAACAAAAUGCUUUUACUUUAACAAGCCAAUUAUUGUAUUUUUUGGAACAUUUUGAUAAUUACUAAAAAUGCCUGGUUCUUCUUAUUUUGUAUGGAAAAUGCUGCACAUUGCUGACUGUGGCACUUAUGGUAACAUUUGACAAUCUAAAAUGCAUUAAAAUGAAACUACAUAACAUGA